ACAAAACCAACAGUAAAAGAAAGCAGGAGACAAGAAAAUAAUAAAAAGAAGUUGAAAAGAAUUAAAACCCCCCAAAAAAAUAAAAAUCAGAAAAAUUACGCCAAAACAAAAACAAAAAAAGGGUUGAUCUCUCUCACUACCAUCCACUACAAUUCUCGUUUAACACAUUUCAUUUGUCUGAAAAUUUUCUGGGUAAAUUUUAUUAUCAUCAGAAAAUUCUCUUCUUUUUCAUAUCCUCAAAAUUUAUCAGGUGUGCCCAUUUUGUUAAUUUUAUCAAGAAGUUGAUUCUUGAAGUUUAUGAGCUUCAAUUUAGCUUCUUGCUAAACAUGGAGAAAAUUCUUUUAUGGGAUCCAAUUGAUUGAUUUGAUUUAUCCGUGACGCGUUUGUUGGUACUGAAGUUGUUUGUAAAUUCUGAAUUCUGGGUUGGUAGAGGGGUUAAUUGUAGGGUUUUAGAGAUGGUAUCUAGGAAUGACCCUGUUGAAUCAUUGCUUAAUUCAAUUCAAGUUGUUAAAGAUGCUUUUACGCCUUUAGAAGCGGGUAUUAAGAAGGCCACAAAGGAGUUUGAGUUAGCUUGGUUGAGGGCGAAGAGUGGCACUCGUAAUGCUGAACUUUUAGGGCAGUUGAAUAGUUAUGGCAGUGUUAGUGUCAAUAGUAGGAACAGUAAACUUCAUUCAUCUCCGUCGAAGAAGAAAAGUAUCCCUUCCCAUACUAGUGAGGACAAGAAAAAAGGAUCGUCGAUAAAGCUCCCAAUAAAGACCAUUUUAGGCAUGCUUUCUCCAAACUGUGCUAAUGCUGAUCCUAAGGUUAAUGUGCUAAAGGAAAGGUCGAAAGAAAGGGAGUGGGAGAAAAAAGAUGCAUCAUGUGUGAACUGUUUGCAAUUUGCGAUGACAUGGUCGGUGUUUCUCAAUGGUUUUGCCCAGGCAUUUCCCGCGUCUUUUAGAUUAGGAAAGAAAAGAUGCUCAAAGACAAGUGAUGAGGAAAAGGCUUCAUUUGUCCACUCACCAAAAUCUUCAGUUCUAUAUGACUCCAAGACAAAAGAAACAAAAAAGGGAAUGUUUGUUAUGAUGAUGCCAACAGAGGAUACUAAAUGUAAUGAAGGGAAGCAUUUAAGCCUUGAGCUGGUGGUAGCUCUCAUUUUUGACCAGAUAACACAAAAUCUCCAAAAGCUUGAUCACAGUGUUAAACAAAAUGAGGAAAUCUUUUAUGAAUCUUCACCAACCUCACCUCCACCCCCCUCUCACUUUGAUCACUGGAAGGCGGUGACUAAUAUGUUCGAGGGCAAAAAGGCAGAUGUGAAUGUCUUCUUCGGGAAUUUAAAGUUUGCUAGAGUGGGUGGAGUACCAUCUACGCUUGUUGGAGUUGCAUCUCCAAUGAAAGAAGAAGAUGAAAACGCGAAUGCUAGCAAUAGUGAAGAAUCAGGAGGCUUAUCAGCUCAAAAGCUGGCGAGUGGGCUACUUAAUAUCCCCUUGUCCAAUGUCGAGCGCUUGAAAUCAACGCUGUCAACUGUGUCAAUUGCAGAACUUAUGGAGCUUGUGCCUCAACUUGGACGUUCUUCUAAAGACAUUCCUGACAAGAAGAAGUUGAUAUCCGUGCAAGACUUCUUCAGAUACACUGAGGCAGAAGGAAGGAAAUUCUUCGAGGAGCUGGACCGGGAUGGGGAUGGCCAAGUAAACCUAGAAGAUCUUGAAAUAGCGAUGAGAAAAAGAAAAUUACCGCGCAAAUAUGCAAGAGAAUUUCUGCGACGUGCUAGAAGUCACCUAUUUGCAAAAUCUUUUGGCUGGAAGCAGCUUUUGACCUUGAUGGAACAGAGGGAAGCAACAAUUCUUCGUGCUUAUACUUCUUUAUGCCUGAGCAAGUCUGGCACACUCCAGAAAAGUGAAAUUUUAGCAUCUCUAAAAAAUGCUGGACUUCCUGCUAAUGAAGACAAUGCAGAUGCUAUGAUGAGAUUUUUGAAUGCAGAUGCUGGAGGGUCCAUAUCUUAUGGACAUUUUCGAAAUUUUAUGAUGUUGCUACCUUCUGAUCGUUUGCAAGAUGAUCCUCGAAAUGUAUGGUUUGAGGCUGCUACUGUGGUUCCUGUUGCUCCACCUGUGGAAAUUCCUGCUGGAAGUGUUCUACGAUCUGCUCUAGCAGGCGGUCUUGCCUCUGGGCUCUCGACAUCUUUAUUACACCCAGUUGACACCAUAAAGACUCGAGUUCAAACAUCAACCUUUUCUUUUCCUGAAGUUAUAGCAAGAGUUCCACAAAUUGGAGUUCGAGGCUUAUACAGGGGUGCCAUCCCAGCAAUUCUUGGGCAGUUUACUAGCCAUGGACUACGAACUGGAACUUUUGAAGCGACUAAGCUUGUGUUAAUAAACGUUGCUCCAAAUUUGCCUGAAUUGCAGAUCCAAUCUUUAGCAUCAUUUUGUAGCACAUUGCUGGGAACUGCAACGAGAAUACCAUGUGAGGUACUGAAGCAGCGGUUACAGGCUGGGAUUUUUGAGAAUGUCGGAGAGGCUAUUGUGGGUACUUGGCGACAAGAUGGUCUCAAGGGAUUUUUUCGUGGAACUGGUGUAACUCUUUGCCGAGAGGUUCCAUUAUAUGUUGCUGGCAUGGGGCUGUAUGCUGAGUCCAAGAAGCUUGCUCAGCAUCUCCUGGGUCGGGAAUUGGAGGCAUGGGAGACGAUCACAGUCGGGGCAUUAUCUGGAGGGAUUGCUGCUGUUGUUACUACACCCUUUGAUGUGCUAAAGACUAGAAUGAUGACGGCUCCCCAUGGCUUACCAAUAUCAACCUCGAUGAUAGCAUUUUCCAUUCUCCGCCAGGAGGGCCCCCUUGGAUUCUUUAAAGGAGCAUUACCCAGGUUUUUCUGGGUUGCUCCCCUUGGUGCAAUGAACUUUGCAGGUUACGAACUUGCAAAGAAUGCCAUGAUUAAAAGUGAAGAGACAUCCGGGGAUGAAAUUCCGCAAAAGUAGCUAGCGUCGUCUAUGUAAAACUGGACCACCUUUCUUUUUGUUGUAAAGCAGGUUUUAUUUAGUACAGCUGCAGGCUCUUUUGUUUUUCUUAUAGAGAGAUAGCAUGUAGCUGCUGGAAAAAUUUUGAGGUGUUUUUUCUCUGUCCCAAAAUAGCAGCUUAUGUUUCACAUUUCAUGUGGCGGAUCUUUUUUUUGCCUGAUGUUCAUAUCUCUUGUAACAUUUGACUUUUUUCUUUAUUGACGAACAUAAUGCACAUAUUUUUCUGGUUUCUAA